CUUAACCUGUUCACAGUUAUCCUGUCCACGGUAGGGCACAAUCUUGACAGUAAAUGAUGAAAGGGCGCAGCCAGGAGGCGACCACGCUGGAAGACGUCCAGGAUCUGGUGAGUCCCAACGCCGCCAUGCUGCGAUUGUUGGGGCUGUGGAGCGCGCCGGGCUCUGCUGGUGAAGGCACCAGGGGCGUCACAGCUUUGGCGCGCGGAUGGUUCUGCUGGGUCAUGGUGCUCUUCAUAGCGGUCACCAGCGCGGGCAAGCUGUGCCUGGACACCCCUGAGGAGCUGACCGCGCUGGCCGACUACGGCUACACUGUGUUUCAUUUGUCUGCCGUUACAGUGAAGGUUGCCUGCUUCAUUCUGCAGAGAAGCACUAUUCAAGAACUUGUGAAGCAACUGGCGUACAGCAGGAAGACAUACGGAAGAAGACAGGCCGACGAUCUUGUCCGCGAGUUCUAUCAGCGCCGCGCCACUGCUGUCUACCGCAUCUUACAGGUCUUAGUGCUGGUAGUGAUCUGUUUGUGGAUCAGCGCACCGUUGUUGCAGUACAAGACAGCUGAUGAAUUUCCUGAUUCAGAGGAGGUCGACCGACAGCCGCCGAAUCCAAUCUGGAUUCCGCCACGGUCGCCGGAGUACGAGAUAGUGUACUCGGUACAGGCGCUGUGCGGCACCAUGGCGGUGCAACUCUCCAUGCUGAUCGACGCCUCCUUCUACAAGCUAAUGAUGCUGGUGACAGCCGAGCUGCAGAUUCUCAACGACAACCUGGCAGUGCUCGGGAGAGCGGACGCUUCUGCUGAGCGAAAGGGCAGCUGUCCCACUAAUGUGGUCGGAGAGGAAACAGAUGAUGUUGCUAUUCAACAGAUCAAACAAACUGCUGCUCCAGUCACUGAGCAUAAUGACCAUCCAAGAAAACUACUAUACUGCCAGCUGGUGGAAAACAUACGUCACCACCAGGUCGUUGUAAAGUGUUUCAACCUACUGCAGCUGGUGAUAACCUACUCUAUUUCUAUUCUUCUGCUCUCCAACAUACUUACGGUGUGCUUCUCCAUCUUCGUUGUUUCUGUGCUGUUGCAGAGUGAUGGAGGUUUGAAAAGAGCGAUGAAAACAAUAGCUGGAAUUCCUAGCGUAUUAGGAGAGACUGGAAUGUAUUGCAUAUUUGGUCAAAUGGUUGUCAAUCAGAUCUCCUGA